AUGCCACAAAGAUCCAUCUCCAAGUGUGAGCAUACGUCUAUCUGUCUGUCCUCUUCUCCUCAUGCUGCCAUAGCAGGUUUCAGAAGACAAGGUCAACGGCAACGUCUCGCCGCCGUCAAAGCAGACAACCGAGGCUUCCCACGAGAAGACAAACACUUCCUUGAAGAAGACGAGAGGGCUUUCCCCGCCCCAUUGUUGCUGCCUGGUGAUGAUCUUGCCGGAGAUCCGGAAGACCCUCAGAGUUUUCAAGAAUGGCUUGAUGAAGAACACCGCAAUCCAAUGUUGACUUCAUGCGGACAUGGACGACACCAAGAUGUUCGAAACCAUGAGAUUCCCACAAAGCCUCCAAGUACGAAGGACGUCCAGGACUAUCUGUCUGGUUUCUAUCACGGUCUUCCUGUUAAGAUGAUGCCGCCAUCUACACUGCGGUUUAUUCCAUGGGAAGAAGCCAAAAGGAAACCUCGAAAAAAGACAGGUCCACAAUACCUGGGGUUACAAUCCGGCGAUGAAUGCGUCCGGAUUCGCUCGCGUACCAUGUCCAACGCGGUCUAUGGGGGCCAAGUCAAUCUAGAUGAUCUUCUCGAUGUCGCCAUUAGCAUUUUACCAAAGGACGCAUAUGCCCUCUUGAUACUUGUAGACUUCGAUCUAUACGAGGACGACGAAGACGAGUUUGUAUGUGGUCGUGCAUACGGAGGAAGUCGCGUUGCAGUGGUAUCCAGUGCAAGAUACAAUCCCAAGUUGGAUACGACCCAAAAUGUCGAGCGUCUGCACGCAUGGCCCGCGUCGCAUUGUGAGAAGUACAUAUCUGCAUGUGCUUCCACAGAACCAAGUGCGAAAAGACAGAAAAGAUCUCAGGUCAAUAGCCGAGAAUCGCAAAAUUCGACUUUGGGGCUAAAUGGUCCUGUGAAAGAUGCAGUAUCGGUCUACCGCUCCCUGCCAGAGGUGCAUUCAUCGUCCUCGUUACUGUCGGCGCUCUGGUUGGGUCGUGUUUGUCGGACGGCGAGUCAUGAGCUGGGUCACUGCUUUGGUAUUGCCCAUUGCGUGUACUACGCGUGCUCGAUGCAAGGCACUGCUUCUAUCUGCGAGGACGCAAGACAGCCGCCUUAUCUCUGUCCAGUUGGUCUGGCGAAGGUUCUUUGUGCCACUUCUACGUCUGCGUCUCGGCGAUAUCGGGCUCUUCUGGCUUUUUGUGAACGGCCGGGAAAUAGUGAUACACAUUUCUUUGGCCCGUUUGCUACUUGGAUGCGAAGUAGGCUAGGGCAGAUCAACGACUCGACUUGA